AUGUUCGCGUGGUCUCGUAUAGUGGAAAUUGUUCUGUUGGGUGCAUUGUACGGGAUAAUACCUGCAGUUGCAAAUAAAAUAACCAAUUGUGAAGAAUUCGAACUCGGUGCUCGAUUCAACCCAUACGAAAUUAUGGACUCCAUGUGGAAAAUAUUUUACUCCUGGGCUAAUACAACUGAAAUCACUCCCAUAAUAUUUUCCUUGCCAGCAAAAAAUAGGGUUAAUAGACUGAAAAUAUUAGUGGAAACAGUAGAUCCUACAUUGGAUUUGGAGUGGCAUAAGAUUACUCUUAUAAUGCAGCCCCGUAAAGGUCUUACUGUGUUAUUCCUUUAUGCGACUACCCCCGGAGCGUUUCGAGCUGUCGUCAUAUUAGAACGCUAUACAAAAGGCAUGAUGUGUUGUGAAGAUCUUACUGCGUACGCCCUUGCGAGGAUCGACGAGAUACCGACCACGGAGGAAGAUUGUUUGUCUGCUGCUGCCAAGUUUAAUAUUGACUUACCCGAUGGUCAUUCUUACUUGUAUGUACACAAAUUAGCCGAUGAGCUCUAA